GGCCCGACGAGUCACAUGACCAUCGACGUCCACACAGCAGUGGAGUGCGCGAGCGCUGUGGAGUCUACGAAGUUUAUUUUAUAGAAAAUAAGUCGAUAAACUCGACCUAAAAAGAAAUAUAAUGGCGACUACAUCGUUUGCGAUAUCCGUGUCAGUUAUGACUGUGUUUUGGGGUCUAAUUGGUGGAGUUAUUCCCUGGUUUAUUCCUAAAGGACCGAAUCGAGGAGUCAUUGUGACGAUGCUGGUACUAACUGCAGUCUGUUGCUACCUUUUCUGGCUGAUUGCUAUUCUAUCACAGCUGAAUCCGUUGUUUGGACCAGUACUGAGCAACGAUACCAUCUGGUACCUCUACCACCACUGGGGGUAGGGUCCAAUGGUUCUUUUACAGCACAGCAGUUAGGACAGGUUAAAUAGUUUGCCGUCUAACCAUUCGCAGAUGCCGGAAGCUUGUACAUUGCCAAAACGGAGACAUCACACUAUCAGGAAAACUCCUUGUGAUUUGAAGCUUUACAUGCUAUUGUCUUACUCAAAGAAUGACUACCAUAUGACUGUUUGUGGUGUUUCUUUUUUAUUUAUUUGUUUUAAUGUUCAAGGAAAUAAUAUGCAAUUAAACCUUUUUUUUUUUUUUUUUGUCUGUGUAUAGUUUAAGUCGAAUUACCUGAUUAUUGCUGGACAAAUUAACCCGUCCCAUUUAUAUAUGUAUGAUUUUUGUAUGUGAAAUAAAAUUAAGAAUGCAGAAAAAUUGAA